AUGCGCUUGUGUAACUUGCAGACGUACGUCAUUCUAGCUUUUGCAUUUAAUGGAAUACACAGAGUUACUUCAUUGCAACAUGGAGAUGUUUGUACAUGCAUUAAACAACAAAGCCCUUCAACAACAACAAGAUCAUCAUCUUCAUCCUCAACAACGACUCAAACGCCAGAAACCACUACAAUAGACUCGACCUCUACAGCCGUUAUUGAGCCAGUUACCACUACAACAGACUCGACUUCUACAGCCGUUAUUGAGCCAGUUACCACUACAAUAGACUCGACCUCUACAGCCGUUAUUGAGCCAGUUACCACUACAACAGACUCGACUUCUACAGCCGUUAUUGAGCCAGUUACCACUACAACAGACUCGACUUCUACAGCCGUUAUUGAGCCAGUUACCACUACAACAGACUCGACUUCUACAACCGUUAUUGAGCUAGUUACCACUACAACAGACUCGACUUCUACAGCCGUUAUUGAGCCAGUUACCACUACAACAGACUCGACUUCUACAGCCGUUAUUGAGCCAGUUACCACUACAACAGACUCGACUUCUACAGCCGUUAUUGAGCCAGUUACCACUACAACAUACUCGACUUCUACAGCCGUUAUUGAGCCAGUUACCACUACAACAGACUCGACUUCUACAACCGUUAUUGAGCCAGUUACCACUACAACAGACUCGACUUCUACAACCGUUAUUGAGCCAGUUACCACUACAACAGACUCGACUUCUACAGCCGUUAUUGAGCCAGUUACUACUACAACAGACUCGACUUCUACAGCCGUUAUUGAGCCAGUUACCACUACAACAGACUCGACUUCUACAACCGUUAUUGAGCCAGUUACCACUACAACAGACUCGACUUCUACAGCCGUUAUUGAGCCAGUUACCACUACAACAGACUCGACUUCUACAGCCGUUAUUGAGCCAGUUACCACUACAACAGACUCGACUUCUACAGCCGUUAUUGAGCCAGUUACCACUACAACAGACUCGACUUCUACAACCGUUAUUGAGCCAGUUACCACUACAACAGACUCGACUUCUACAGCCGUUAUUGAGCCAGUUACCACUACAACAGACUCGACUUCUACAACCGUUAUUGAGCCAGUUACCACUACACCAGAAACCACUACAACAGACUCGACUUCUACAACCGUUAUUGAGCCGGGAACCACUACAACAGACUCGACUUCUACAACCGUUAUUGAGCCGGGAAUGACUACACCAGAAACAACUACAACAAAACCAACUUCUACAAAUGAUGCCGUUCAAAAUAGAAGAAAGCGGGAGGCAAACGAGAAAGAACUAUCUGGUUUCUGGAGAAAUGGGCAUUGUGAUUGCAAUAAAAGUGCAUCAUCAACAUUCAGCCUUGGUAGUGUUACCGUUUCCAUACAGCUGCAAAUAUCAUUACAAACAGAUUCGUUUAAUGAAUCGUUGGAAGGAACAUACGAACUGGAAUUUAAAGACAAGCUUACUCGAUUUUACACCUCUACAGAUAAAUUUCAACGAAUAAACAUAAUAGAUGUGAAAUGCCAAGGGGACAGUGACCGUUUUGUUUACUCUGGAGAACAUUGCGAGAUUCCUGUUGAGAAACUGUCCCUUUCGUCAACAUACAUCGCGGCAAUCGCUGGUGGAACAGGGGGAGCAAUCAUCGUAGUUCUAUUAGUGGUCAUUGUUUGCCUUAUCGUAAGGAACAGGAAACAGAAGGAUGUUGACAAAAAUCACAGUAUAAGCAUCGAGGAGUUCAGUCGAUCUCCUGCAAAGGGCGGCAUGUGUCUUUCUACCGAGGUGUAUCCGUCAACGAAACGCGACGACACAUUGACGGGCGAAUGGAAAGAACACAAAAUCAUCACCAACAGCCUGGGAAACGAGGUUAUAUUGUUGAAUAAAACAAGUGAUCUAACCUUGGAGGGUUUCUCAACAUAA